AUGCCUUCACCGACAGACCAGAAUCAUACAAAUAUUAAUUCCUCAAAUAAAGAUUCUUCUGAUGCACUUAAAGAAAGCACCAUCGAUGAUACGACAAUUGUAGAUGAUACGUGUGAUGUCACUCGUAAUGAAUCCGAUGUGGGCGCGAGCACAUCUUCUUCCCCAUCUCAAGUUACUACUUCAUUUUUCUCUGAUGGACGUGUCACUACCGCUUCUUCCACACCCGCUGUAGCUUCAUCAAACGAUCCUCAAACCUCUACUGUUCCUGUUGCUCAAAAAUCCCAAAAAACUCCAAAACAAUCUUCUAAUAGACCCACUAGAAAAACUAGAGGUGCGCCUAAACCGUCCAUCAUCGCUUCAAAUCCCUCGAAUUUACCCGAUUUAUCGGUUGACAAAAAGGAUUCUAUUCCGGGCUCAUCUCCAAAUGCCUCAAAUCCUACUGCUUCUGCUUCAUCCGCUACUUCUAAUCGUUCGUUACAACCCAUAAUAUCGGCUUCCGGUUCCUCUUCCUUAUCAAAUAAUUUUCCUCGUCGUGGUUUACCUCAAAAAGACGUAACUCGUGCAAAUAUUGCUGAUCGUUAUCUAGAAUUUAUUCUUUAUUGUAAUCCUUCGGCUCCUUCCGAUCUGGAUGUAUCUUCUCUCAUCCGUUCUUUCAAUUCCGUUCCUAAAUCUGAUGGUAAAACCUUUGAAACUUGGGUUCUUUUUCAACUUGUCUCUAAACAUCAUUCGGGCGAAAUAAAAACUUGGACUAAAUUGGCACAACAAUUGGGUGUCGAACGUACUAACGAAUCAAGUCCUCAAAAAAUUCAACAAUAUGCUAAAUGGAUGCGUUCAAUUCAUAUCGAUGCUUUCUUCGACUACAUUUUAUCAAGAUCUAAUGAAUAUUACGAAGAUCCACUCAAAAAUCCAACGGGCGCUGAUGCUGGUAGUGGAGAUGAUGAUGAUAGUGAUUUAGUUUUAAAAUUAAUUAAAAGAGCUAGUAGUAAACGUCAAAAAAGAAAAUAUACUCGUAAACGUGUUAAGGCUGCUACUUAUUCUGAUGGUAGUGAAGAGGAAGAAGAUGAACUUGAAGAUGAUGAUAGAGAUGUUUGGGAAGACGCUAUGCAAGUCGAUGAUUCCGGUAAGCGAAAAAAGAAUAGUGUUCAGAUCAUUUCCACUCAAGAAAAAUUACCAAAACUUGGUAAACCGAAAAAUGGCCACAUUCCUACUCCUAAUCCUUCUCCUACCAAAUCGUCAGAAAUGAAGCUUCAUCAUAAUUCUGGUGAUACAAGCCAUUUUCGUGUAGUAUCUUCUGGUGGUCCUGCCACUCAAAUACGAUGGCGAAGCAUUUCCGUUGGUGGUGGACCUACACCUACCCAAUCCGGCGAUAUUCCUUCCCCCCAACAAUUCUCUCAAUCUGUCACUUCAACUACUUCUCCUCCUCACAAAAAUAUUCCUCCUUCAAGACGAAAACAGAAUUCUGAUCCUUCUUCUUUAGGAUUCGAUACUUUUCGCCUUUCAAAUAAACGUGGUCAACAAAAACAAGAUAGAUCUCAAUCUCCAAAUGCUAAUUGGUCAUGGUCUUCUCAAAAUAAUAAUUUAUCAAAUAGCAAUAUUGGUACUCAAGAUAAUAAUAAUCCCGGUUUCUCUUAUUCCGAACUUUUAUUGCCUCCUAAUACUGUAUCAAGUGAUCCUAAAGAAACUAUCAACCUAUAUCAAGAAAGAUUGGUUAAGGCUGUUGGAAUGUUGGAAGAUAGUCAGCGUAAAAUUGAAAUGUUGGAAAAUGUUGUUCGCCAAAGAGAAGAUGAAGUUAGGAAAAGAGUUGUUAGGCGCCUUAAAGAUGAUGUUGCUUCUGUAUUUCAACGAUAUGAAUGA